AUGUCAAGAGAGCAUUGCAUGAUUCGGCUUUUCUGGGCUGCUAGUAUCUUAUUCCUACUUUUCCGGACCGCUUCAACGCUCACCGUUGCAAGCACUGUCCUCGUAAUUGCACCAGACAACACAGUUGCAAACUCAGCAGUCUCAGGGCUGAAAGGCUAUGGUAUUCCCUACCGGAUAUACCUCACGUCAAACACAUUCCCGGCCCUGAACCGCUCAGCGGAUGUUGGUGACUUCGGGGCUAUCGUUAUGCUAGACGAGGUUCUCCCUGCUUCCAAUGUCGACGAAAUCCACGCAUACCAGUCCGCAUUUGGCGUUCGUUUCGUUCGACUGAAUGCAAACCCGGGCGCGGAGUCGGGAACAGAUUAUGCAAUUGCCGGUGCGGGCUGCUGCGAUACGAAUGUCGAGCAACUGAUCAGCAUCACAAAUGCUACUGGAUUCACAACGGCAGGAUUAAAAGAUACAGCAUCUGUCAGCUCGCAAAACCUUUAUCAUUACCCGGCAAAGAUCACUGAUCCGUCAAUUGCAUGGGAGUUCGCCCAAUUUGGCGCAGGUGGGCCAUAUACAUCUGCGACAGUGGCAGGAGUCAUCAACAGAAUUGGUACCCGACAGCAAAUGCUAUGGUUCUUGCCUUUCAGUACCGAUUGGUCGCCAACUUCAAACUUUCUCCAGCAUGUAUGGAUACACUGGGCAACCCGGGGUCUCUAUGCUGGUUUCCGCCGCCUCCAGCUCAAUACUCAAGUUGAUGAUGUCUUCCUUUACACUGAGCUCUUCAAGCCUAACACGUCCUCUUUCCGUGUGCGAACUGCCGAUCUAGACAACCUCCGUGACUGGAUCCCUGUAAUGAACGCGAAACUUCCUGCAGGAUCUUCUUACUUUGUUGAGCUUGGCUAUAACGGUAAUGGUAAUAUCGAGUUGAAUGAUGAAUUUGAAGAUGACGAAACUCAUUAUGACAUCUGUCUGCCGGGACCUAUCGACUACCCCGAGCAGCCAGAUGAAACUGCUGGCACAAUUGAAUGGAAGAAGCCUCUCGGCACUGGUGUUGACUUCUGGCCGCUUCGCCCGGCCACAUAUGGCUAUACAGAGGCAUGUGUGGCAUAUGAUGCCCUCGAAGUGUGGUUUUCCAACACAGCAAACUUGAAUGCGUUUGCACAUGUAAGCCAUACAUUCACACAUCUAGAUCUAACGAACGCAACAUACAACGAUACAGCCAAGGAGAUUGCGUUCAAUCGCGCGUGGUUUGCGCAGACAGGUAUUGACAAGGCGGCGAGGUGGUCAGGGAAGGGACUCAUCCCACCAGCGAUCACAGGGCUCCGGAAUGGAGAUGCAAUUAAGGCGUGGCUGGACAACGGCAUAACAGGAGUCGUCGGCGACAACACACGCCCUGGUUUGCUCAACUCGCAGAACGAAUUUUGGCCACUUAUAUCCAACGUAAAUGACAAUGGCUACGCCGGUCUCACCAUCAUGCCUCGAUGGGCGACGGAGAUCUUCUACAAUUGCGAUACUCAGGACUGUGAUCUUGCUCUCUGGCAAUUUGUGUCCAAACCUGACGGCACUUGGGACCAACUGAUCGAGCAGACUCGCUCGACUAAUGUUCGCAACCUGCUGGCCCUCCGACACGACGCAUUCAUGUUCCAUCAAGCGAAUCUCAGGCAGACAGAUGUAGCGAAUAGCGUUGUAAAUGGAGUCAGUGCAAAGAGAAGCUUGUUGCAAAUAUGGGUAGAGGUUGUGUUAGGUGAGAUGACGAAGCUCGUCACAUGGCCCAUCAUCAGCACCAAGCACGACGAUCUAGUCCAAUCUUUCCUCGAUCGUAUGGCGCGCGACCAAUGCAACUAUGGUAUGACUUAUAACUAUGAUGCGGCUGGGACAUCCAUCGUAAGUGUGACGGUCUCGGCGCUGGUAAGUACCUGUACGGCACGCAUUCCUGUAACGUUUCCGGGUCCUGUCCAGAGCCAGGGGUCAGCAACUCCGGAACAGCUUGGAAGUGAUCCGUUGACGCUGUGGGUAUUGCUUGAGGGUACUGAGCAGACUUUUCAAUUGGCUACCCCUGUCAAACUGUAG